GCUGAGACCCCCCUGGCUGGAGCCCCCGACGGACUGGGACCCCCGAGGGGCCGGGACCCCCGAGGGGCUGGGACCCGCGAGGGGCUGGGACCUCAGGAAUCAGCAUCCCGUGGGCUGGGACUCCCAGAGGGCCGGGAUCCCGAGGGCUGGGACCCGAGGGACCGGGACCCCAGGGCCGGGACCCCGUGGGCUGCCCCGGCUCCGCGGUACGGGGUGGUCGCGCCGCCCCGACUGAGGGGCCUCACGCCACGCCCCGGGCGCUGCGGCGCCGCCUGGCGGACGCAGUGGGGAACGGCGCCGCGCGGGGCGGGGCUCGCUGGCGGGAGGCGGGGCCUCCCGGCGGAGGCGGACCCGACGCCAAGAUGGCGGCGGAGCCGGGCCCGGGCCCCGACCCGGAGCUGGAGGAGCUGCUCGACAGUGCCUUGGACGACUUCGAGAAGGCCAGGCCCGCCGCCCCCCCCCCCGCCGCCCCCCGCCGGGGCGCAGCCCUCGCUCAGCGCCGCCGCCAAGGCCUCCCUCUUCGCCUCGCAGGAGAGGUUCUUCCAGGAGCUGUUUGAGGGGGAGCUGGCCUCGCAGGCAGCGGCCGAGUUCGAGCAGGCCAUGCAGGAGCUGGCCCGGGAGGAGCCGCACCUGGUGGAGCAGUUCCAGAAGCUGUCGGAAGCGGCGGGCAGAGUGGGCAGUGAUGCGACGUCACAGCAGGAGUUCACCUCCUGCUUGAAGGAGACGCUGAGCGGCCUAGCCAAGAACGCCACCGACCUGCAGAGCUCCUCAGCCUCAGAGGAGGAGCUGGCGAAGGCGCUGGAGGGGCUGGGGCUGGAGGAAGGCGACGGCGAGGGCAGUGUCCUGCCUGUCAUGCAGAGCAUCAUGCAGAGCCUGCUCUCCAAGGAUGUGCUCUACCCCUCGCUCAAGGAAAUCACCGAGAAGUACCCCGAGUGGCUGCGGCAGCACGCUGAGGCGCUGCCAGCUGAGCAGUACGAGCGGUACCGGGCGCAGCAUGGCGUGAUGGGCCGCAUCUGCCGGCAGCUGGAGGGUGAGCAGCCAGGCGAGGGCGAGGAGGAGCGGCGGGCACGCUUCGAGACCCUCCUCGACCUCAUGCAGCAGCUGCAGGACCUGGGACAUCCACCCAAGGAGCUGGCCGGGGAGUCGCCCCCUGGCUUCAACCUGGAGCUGCCGGGCGCGGCGGGCGGCGAGCAGUGCUGCCUCAUGUAGCGCCAGCAAUGGGACAGGGGUGCCCACGGCCCCCCAGCGCUGCACUGCCAGGGGCAGCCCCUGCCUCGUUACAGACUAAUUGAGGCCCCCGACGAGGAUGAGGAUGAGGAUGAGGAUGCCGAGCAGAGCUGGGGCCACAGCGCGGAGGAGCGGGGCUGGACGUGGCAGCUCUGCCAUCCGGCACCGGGGGGUGGGCCAGGGGGUGGGGGACGCAGGGACCCCCGGCCUGGGGGCACGUAUGUCCCCCCGAUGUCUCCAAUAAAGGUGUUGGCAACUA